CUGGGGGGGGUCGGCCACAAACCUCCUGGAUGUCCAUCCGAGCUGAAGCUGAGGAGCGCUCUGCGGCCAUGAGGGGACACUUCUCCAUCGAGUGGAUGGCUCAGAGCAGCCGGCCCGCCGCGCCACCGCCACCGGGCCCCCCCGGGUCCGAGUCGGGACCGGAGGCCUGCGGGACAAACGCGGAGAGCCUGCCGGGCUUCUACCGCAGAACGAACCCGGGGGGGUCACCUGGACAGGAGGACGCGUCCACGAAGAGACGGCCAGGCCCUGAAGCGGACCUCAGCACCGAGGAGGAGACGUCCGGCUACGAGAGCGAAGGCAGUCGCUCCCGUUCGCCAUCGACCCACGCUGAACCCGCCCCCUCCCUGUCGGCGUCGCCCCCUGCUGGCCGGAGGCCGCGCACGGCGUUCACCGCAGAGCAGAUCCACGUUCUGGAGCGGGCCUUCAAGAAGAACGCUUACCUGGGAACUCAGGACAAGGCGGAGCUCUGCAGGAAGCUCCACCUCUCUGACAAACAGAUCAGAAACUGGUUCCAGAACCGGCGGAUGAAGCUGAAGCGCUCGGUCCAGGAUGCCCUGGCUCACGCCUGUCAGGCCAGCGCCGCCUCGCCGUUCCUGCACUACCCCGAGCUGCAGGCCUGCCGGCCCGGGCCCUACAGCCGCCCCCCGCUGGUGGCGGUGGCGGACGCCGCCUCCUACAGCCCUCCUCCCAGCCUGCAGUACGGCGGCCCUCUGACCGGCACCUCCGCCCUGUCCCUGGACUCCUUCUACCCCGCCGUCCUGCUGCCCCCCGCUCACCUGCGGGGGUCGUACCCCGCCUACCCCCAGUAUUACUGAGCUGCCUUUGGUUCAAACGGGCUGGAGUGCAAUACCGCCACCUACCUGCCGACUGAUGAUUUAACGCCAGACUGUGAGAAUUACUUUAGUUACUCGAGUACUCCUCUGAGGAUUACUUUAGUUACUCAAGGACUCCUCUGAGGAUUACUUUAGUUACUCGAGUACUCCUCUGAGGAUUACUUUAGUUACUCGAGUACUCGUCGGAGGAUUACUUUAGUUACUUGAGUACUUGUCGGAGGAUUACUUUAGUUACUCGAGUACUCGUCUGAGAAUUACUUUAGUUACUCGAGUACUCGUCGGAGGAUUACUUUAGUUACUCGAGUACUCGUCUGAGGAUUACUUUAGUUACUCGAGUACUCCUCUGAGGAUUACUUUAGUUACUUGAGUACUUGUCUGAGGAUUACUUUAGUUACUUGAGUACUCGUCUGAGGAUUACCUUAGUUACUCGAGUACUCGUCGGAGGAUUACUUUAGUUACUCGAGUACUCGUCUGAGGAUUACUUUAGUUACUUGAGUACUCGUCUGAGGAUUACUUUAGUUACUCGAGUACUCGUCUGCAUUACUCUGUAGUUACAGAGCUCCUCUGCUCCGAAAAAUACCUUUAAUAUGUGGAAGUUUUUACAUUUUUACACUAUUUUCUAACUUCAUUGAUGUUAUUGUAUAACAAAUACUAAAUAAAAACAAUAAAUGUGAUCAGGAACUGGAAGGUGAGGAGAUGAAAGUGACAUUUAAAGCAAAGACGCUUUAAUCCACAAAACUUUGUUCUGUUUUCAUCAGAACUCGUCCUAAAUGUUUCAUUUCCUUCAUUUUACAGCAUCUUCAGCUGCUUUAGUUUGUUUUGUGUGAAAAUGAACUCAAAAUGAAAGUUUCUGUUUCGCAAAAAGUGAUUUUUAAGCAGAAAGAUGAGACGUCUGUUUAUGGUGUCAUAAAUAUGUAAUUUCAAUAAUUUUGAAGAAUAAAUAAAAAAAAUAUAUAAAUAUUUAAA